AUGGCUGGUGGAAAUGGAGGAACUGAAGGUUCAAGGGAGCUCGACCAGACUCCAACAUGGGCCGUUUCGUUAGUCUGUUCGAUUAUCAUCCUUAUCUCCAUAUUAUUGGAGAAAACUCUUCACAAAGUUGGAGGGACUUUCUCAAGGAGAAAGAAGUUUUCUUUGCUUCAAGCUCUCGAGAAGAUUAAGUCCGAGCUUAUGAUUCUUGGCUUCAUUUCCUUAAUUUUGACAUUCGGGCAAAACUACAUUACCCGUAUUUGCAUAUCCGAGCGAUAUGCCAACACCAUGUUGCCGUGUAACUUGAGAAGGCCACGUUUUCAUGAAGGAGAUCAAGAAAAUCACCACCACACGAUCGAUAGGAGGAGAUUAUUAUUAAGGAGAUUGAUUUUAAAUGGUAAUGGGGACGAUCAUCACCGUAGGCUCCUGUGGGACGAGGUGCAGAGGAUCUUAGCUGCCGAUCACCCGGCUAAAGAGUGUGAAAGCGGUUCUGUGCCGCUUAUAUCUACCCAUGGAUUACACCAAUUGCAUAUAUUCAUAUUCUUUUUGGCGGUGUUUCAUGUCGUUUACAGCGCUACCACAAUGAGGCUCGGGAGGAUGAAGGCGUUUUUUUUUUUUUUUUUUUUUUUGGAAAAAUCUCACACAGACCCGGAUAAUUUUAGGCUCACGCACGAGACAUCGUUCGUGAAAGGCCACAACAGCCCAUGGGCUCGAAACCCGGUCUUUUUUCACAUUGGUUGCUUUUUCCGGCACAUCUUUAGGUCGGUUCGCAGGGCGGACUACUUGACCUUGCGCCAUGGAUUCGUAUCGGUCCAUUUGGCUCCGGGAACUAAGUUUAAUUUCCAAAAGUACAUUAAGAGGUCGUUGGAAGACGAUUUCAAAGAGAUUGUUGGAAUACACCCGGUGUUAUGGUUUGCUGCUGUAGUCUAUCUUCUUGUGAACGUCAAAGGAUGGCAAGCUAUGUUCUGGCUCUCGAUUAUGCCUUUAGUGAUAAUUUUAUCAGUCGGGACUAAGUUGCAAUCGAUCAUAACUAAAAUGGCUAUCGAGAUACAAGAAAGGCACAUUAUCGUUCAAGGGAUACCGCUCAUCCAAGUAUCCGACAGCCAUUUUUGGUUCCACUGGCCUGAGUUCAUUCUUUAUCUCAUUCAUCUUACGCUCUUUCAGAAUGCAUUCGAGAUUACGUAUUUCAUUUGGAUAACGUACGAAUUCGGGUUGUAUUCGUGCUUUCAUAGCUAUUUCAUUCUUGCCGUCGUCAGAGUCGCGCUCGGGAUAGGUGUUCAGUUUUUGUGCAGUUAUAUUACCCUUCCACUUUAUGCACUUGUUACACAAAUGGGUACUCACAUGAAAACAGCGAUUUUCAACGAACAAACCACAAGGGCACUCAAGAAAUGGCACAAGCAAGCUAAGAAGAAAACCGACUCGCGUUCAAGGACAUCGGACGAAAUCAACAACAUUAAUCAAGAAUCCGUUAUGAGGUCUCCCGACAAGGAAGCCGAAGAGUUAAGCAUUGAGAUGGAUGACGAGGGGCCGAAAAAAGUCGAUUUUCGUGGAGAAAAUAGAGGUUCAAGGAAAAAAACUGGGGAAUAUGAUCUGCUAACAGGCCCCUCAUGA